UUAUCGCUUCACCAAAUCGCAAAUUCAAAAUUUGUACAUCGAUUUCAAGUACUCGUCUUUCUCUCCGUCUCUUCUUCUUUUUCUAUUGGGUAUUCUCAUUGCAAGCUGUGCUCGUGGGUUGGUUGGUGUCAACUCCUAUGAGGAUUGCACGAGGAGUUGCAGAAGAGCAAGUGUAAGGAAUCGACCCAGUGUCAGAGAAGAGAGAGAGAGAGAGAGAGAGAGAGAGGAAGAGGCGACAGAGCGCAGAUGGGGUUGCAGAGGCGGCGCCGCCCGGAGAGGAGGGUGGUCCCGUCGGUGCCUGUGCCGGCUGCCCUCUCCGCCGCCGCACUGCUCCUCCUCCUCGUCCUCGCCUCCCACUCCCUCCUCGCGUCGUCGCCCACCGCCGUGCCGAAACCCCGCACCAAGCCUUCCUCCAUCUUGCUCAAGAAUCCGGUGGAGGUACGGAGGAAUGCCGCCGGCGCGAUCGAUGUUUUCCGUGUCCCGAGUGGAGGAGGCGGCCCGGUGGCUGACCUUUGGGGUUCGAAGCUCUCUAAAGAUUACUACGGAUGCAGCAACGCAAGCAGUGGGUUCGCGACAGCUGAAUCCAACAGUCUGCCCAAUAGGUACUUGAUGAUUGCAACUAGUGGAGGAUUAAAUCAACAACGAACGGGGAUAACUGAUGCUGUUGUUGCAGCUCGAAUUUUAAAUGCUACACUUGUUGUCCCUAUCCUUGAUCAGAAAUCUUUCUGGAAAGAUGCCAGUGAUUUUGCAGACAUCUUUGAUGUUGAUUGGUUCAUUGCAACUCUCAGAAAGGAUGUCAAGAUUAUUAAACAACUCCCUGAAAAGGGUGGGAAGAUAAUUCGGACUCCUUAUACCAUGCGUGUUCCAAGGAAGUGCACCCCGAGAUGCUAUGAAAGUCGAGUGCUGCCUGCACUUAUGAAGAAGCAUGUUGUUAAGCUGACAAAGUUUGACUAUAGGCUUUCAAACAAGUUGGAGACCGAUCUUCAGAAAUUGAGAUGCAGAGUAAAUUAUCAUAGCUUGAAAUUCACAGAUCAGAUACAAGCAAUGGGUGAUACGCUGAUCCAAAGAAUGAAGGCUAAAAGCAAACACUUUAUUGCCCUUCAUCUAAGAUUUGAACCUGAUAUGCUUGCCUUCUCUGGGUGCUAUUAUGGAGGAGGAGAAAAGGAAAAAACAGAAUUGGGUGCCAUACGCAAGCGGUGGAAAUCCUUACAUACCAGAAACCCGGAAAAGGAACGCCGACAUGGGAAAUGUCCACUUACACCAGAAGAAAUAGGUCUUAUGCUUAGGGCUUUGGGCUUUGGAAACGAUGUUCACCUCUAUGUGGCAUCUGGUGAGAUAUAUGGAGGAGAGGAGACAUUAGCACCUCUAAAGACACUAUUUCCAAAUUUUCAUUCAAAAGAAACCUUAGCAACCGAGGAGGAAUUGGCACCAUUCUCAUCGUAUUCAUCUCGUAUGGCUGCGCUUGAUUUCAUCGUAUGUGAUGGCAGUGAUGUAUUUGUGACCAACAACAAUGGCAACAUGGCCAGGAUAUUGGCUGGUCGAAGGAGAUAUUUUGGACACAAGAGGACUAUACGACCAAAUGCUAAGAAACUCUACUCCUUGUUCCCGAACAGAACCAACAUGACUUGGGAAACCUUCUCCUCCAAAGUCCGCACUUUUCAGAAAGGAUUCAUGGGAGAGCCCGAUGAGCUAAGACCUGGCAGAGGUGAAUUCCACGAGUACCCUGCAGCAUGCAUAUGUGAAGGUUCUAAGGUGGCAGCACAUUCUAAUUCUAAUGAUCGGACUGAGGUUAGCCAUAAAAAUGGAAUAAGCAAUGUAAGCAGAAGUGCUGGAGAAGCGAUAGACUACCAUUCUAGCAAUGAGGACUCAGACUGGAUUGACUUGGAUUAUGGAGAAAAUACACCUUUAGGUAGAAGUUUCUCCAAUGGAACCGAAUCAGAGUAUGAUGUCUUCAUCAGACAAGAGGAUCCAGAGUUGGAUGAAGUACUUUCAGAUUAGCAGAAUGCUGUCAUAACUAUUCUAUAGUCAAAUUAUUUUUACAUCUUCAAGAACCUUGCAGAAGAACUGCUUACAGUAGACACACAAGGAGGAAAGGAGAAGCCCAAAGGACUCGGACAAAAAGGAGACUAAAUACAAGAUUCAGACUGUAUAUAAAGCCUCAGAUAACAGAAAUGUACAGUUCCUUUCAUGUACCUGAUCGAUUGAAGGAGCGCAUUCGGUGCUCUCAAGAUUUUGUCAUAGUUUCUUGUACAUUCUUUUAAUUUCUUCUUUCUUAGGUUUGUUCAUCUGGCAUAGCUUGAUUUAUCAAUGCUUGGUUCGUCUUUGUACUCCUAAAUUUAUUCUAGAUCUUAACAGUGCCACCAAAAUCCUUGGGGACACAUGGUUGUGUGAAAAGACAUGAAGAAGAGAAACAGAUGUGACUCGAAUGUUUUGUCAAUCAGGACAAUUGUUGUACAACUGUUUCUUGUACUCGUCGACAAUCUAUAUGGUGCUUGUGAUUGCAUAUAUUUUUGGAUUCACUA